CAAGAGGUAGAAGUGCACAUUUGCUGCCACGGAGGUUCCAUUCUUGGGGCACAUCAUUGGUGGAGGCAAGUUGAAGAUGGAUGGAGCGAAGGUGCAGGCAAUCCAAGAAUGGGAGCCGCCGACGAAGGUGCCAGAGUUGCGGUCAUUCCUCAGCCUUGCCAACUACUAUCGGAGGUUUAUCAAGGGCUACUCCAACAUUGCAGCACCCUUAACGGAUCUCUUGAAGAAGAACAAGGCGUGGGAUUGGUCGGAAAGGUGCCAAGAAGCAUUCGAGGCCUUGAAGGUAGCGGUGAUGAAGGAGCCCUUGCUCGUGCUCCCCAACCCGACGUUGGCCUACGAAGUGCAGACCGAUGCGUCCGACUUUGCAAUUGGGGGCGUGUUGAUGCAAGAUGGGCAUCCCAUUGCCUUCGAGAGUCAGAAGCUUAGCGAGACGGAGAGGCGAUACAGCAUUCAUGAGAAGGAGAUGACGGCCGUGGUGCAUUGCUUGCGUACAUGGAGGCACUACCUGUUGGGGUCAAAGUUCGUAGUGAAGACGGACAACGUGGCAACGAGCUAUUUUCUGACACAGAAGAAGCUCACCCCUAAGCAAGCGAGGUGGCAAGACUUUUUGGCCGAGUUCGACUUCGUUAUGGAGUACAAUCCAGGCAAGGCGAAUUCCGUUGCCGAUGCUCUUAGCCGCAAGAGUGCAGCCGCAAGCAUCAGCCAGCCCACGUUUCCUUUGAAGGAGCGGAUCGUUGAAGGCCUUGGCCAUGACCCCUUCGCCAAAACCGUAGCGGAGUACAUCGAGCAAGGUAAAACUCGGCGGUUUUGGAUAAAGGAUGGGCUCAUCAUGACCAAAGGAGAGCGGGUGUUCGUGCCAAGAUGGGCCAACUUGAGGAAGGAGAUCAUGAAGGAGUGUCAUGAUUCCAACUGGGCGGGCCAUCCUGGCAUCGAGAGAACGCAAGCGCUCAUCGAAGAAGCAUACUUCUGGCCGCGUAUGAGAGACGACGUGGAGAUGUAUGUGAAGACUUCUCUUGUGUGCCAACAAGACAAGAUGGAGCAGAGAAGCCCGACAGGCUUGCUAGAGCCCUUGCCCCCGCCUCAACGACCAUGGGAGAGUAUAAGCAUGGACUUCAUCAUCGGACUUCCCAAAGUCGAUGGAUGCGGUUGCAUCAUGGUUGUGGUGGACAGGUUUUCGAAGUAUGGAGUGUUCAUUCCCGGCCCAAAAGACUUGACGGCGGAGGAUGCGACACGUCUAUUCUUCAAGAACGUGGUCAAGUAUUGGGGCAUUCCUAGCAACAUCGUGAGCGACAGAGAUGGGCGUUUCACGGGCAGAUUUUGGCGAGAGUUGUUCAAGAUCAUGAGCUCAAACUUGAACUUCUCGACGACAUUUCAUCCACAAAGCGACGGACAGACGGAGCGGGUGAAUGCCUUGUUGGAAGUGUACUUGCGGCACUACGUGAGUGCAAACCAACGAGAUUGGGUGAAGUUGAUGGACAAGGUACAGUUCUCCUACAACUUGCACCGCAGCGAGUCGACCAACACGAGUCCAUUUGAGUUGGCGACGGGGCAACAACCUUUUACACCUACGACGGUGGCAAGGGGGUAUAGAGGCAACAAUCCGGCGGCCUACAAGUUUGCUAAAGGCUGGCACGUGAAGAUGGAGAUGGCCAAGUCUUACUUAGCCCGCGCUAGCAAGAAGAUGAAGAAAUGGGCGGACAAGAAGAGGCGGCACUUGGAGUUUGAAGAGGAAGACAUGGUGAUGGUCAAGUUCUACCCUCAUCACUUCAAGCAUCUCAAGAACGUGCACAAGGGACUGCUUCACCGCUAUGAAGGGCCAUUCCCCAUCGUGAAGAGGUUUGGCAAGGUGGUAUACAAGGUGGAGUUGCCGACGCACUUGGAGAUUCAUCCGGUCUUUCAUGUGAGCCAACUCAAGCCUUACCACAAAGACAAGGAGGACGAGCAGCGAAGGGAGUCGCAGCGCGUGCCAACACUCAUCACCAAGACACACGACCAUGAAUUUGAAGAAAUCAGGGCGCGUCGUGUCAUUCCUCGUCGUGGCGUACAUCCAAGCUUUGUGGAGUACUUGGUCAAGUGGCGCAACCUUCCGGAGAGUGAAGCAACUUGGGAGAAAGAGCUCACGCUUUGGAAGAACAAGGACUUGAUCGAGGCAUUCCAUCAAGAGGACGCGACGAGGGCGUCGCGAGCAUAGGUGGGGGAGGAUGUCACAUGUGGCAGAUGACAUGGCGCCAAUAAGGUGACAACAUGGCGGCGGCACAUGUGGCAUGCAUGGAAGACUAGUAGCAUAGAGAUGCUCCUAGGAUUCUCCACCUUAAUGUAGAGCUUAAUGGUGCACUUAUGAGUCACAUAAUGGGUGACAUUUAUAGAGUGCAUAAUGGGGGGACUUAAUGGGGUGUAUUGAUGUAGUAGAGGGACAUUAUGAGGGGCAUUGAUGCAUUGUAUGAGGAGAGGCCUAUAUAAGGAGCCAUCUCCCUCACUUGUAACUCAUUCCAUCAUUUUUGAGAGUAAUACACACUAGAGAGUUCUCCCACUUCUUUGUCUUUGCUUCCUUGUUCUUUGCUUGCUUGUGAGUUUGAGAGAAAGGCUGCCUAGCGCUCUAAUGGAAUUGAGAACUAGGGCCGCACGAUCGAGAGUAAGGUCGUGACAGUUUCCUGCGGGAGUGACUCCGCUGUCCCGGCUGACGCGACUCGACCUCUCAUCCAACAACUUUACCGGUUCGAUUAUGUUUGCUGUCAACAAUUGGACUCAACUGACCAGUUUGUUACUCUAGAAGAACGUGUUCUCGGACCUGUUCCCUUCCAUCUCAACCAAUUUGGUUGAUUUCAACGUCUCCAACAACAACCUCAACGAAGUGGAUUGGAACCCAGAAGACUGAAUGAAUAGGGCAAUUAGCA